AAUUUACUCAGAAACCCAGUUGACAGUUGUAGAGAGCACUCCGCUAGGUGCUUUAGAAACCUACCGUCGGAGCUUGAAAUUAAAACCUUAGGUUAUAUUAUUGCAUAUGCCUUGCCAUUUUUCCUUUGGCCAGUACUAGAUUAUUACUGGGCAAUCGAUCCACGGAACAAAGCUGUGAAUUUUGUAAAUAGACCAACUAGGUAAUUUCAUUCACUCUUCGUUUCAAAAAAAAAAUCAUUCACUCUUGUUUUUUCUUGCACAGCGUUGGCUGUCCUAAUAAUUACACUCGCCACAACAGCUGCUUGUCCACUCAAUGAAGACAAGUAUGAGGAAUAGAAUAUCAGCUACCCACAAAUGAUCUUUUCCACAACAGCUGCUUGUCCACUCAAAAUGAAGACAAGUACGAGGAAUAGAAUAUCAGCUACUCACAAAUGAUCUUUUCCUAUUCCACCUACGAAAUUUACCAUGGUAACUGUGAGUAGUCUGUUGCUGCUUGUAUAAGAGGAGAGCCACCAUGUUAUUAUGCACUCCACUCGUUCAACUGCAACAGCCCCCGCCAGCUCAUCUGACCAGCCUCCCCGUUGAGUUCCGAUCGCCCAGCAUGCCCAGCCGCAAGCUAGCACCGGAGAGUGCCUCCGGAAACUGGAGCGACGGCGAGACAUCCACCCUCAUCGACGCGUGGGGGGCUGCCCACCAGCGCCGCCGCCCACGCGGCCGCCGCCUGAAGGACUGGCGCGCCGCGGCCAGCGCCGUGAACACCCACCGCGCCGCCGCGGGGCGCCGCUUCAACCGCACUCGCGUGCAGUGCCAGACGCGCAUCCGCACCCUCAAGAAGCGGUACAAGGAGGAGCUCGCGAGGCAGCCGUCGUCGGGGUGGCCCCACCUCAGCCGGCUCCGCGCGUUCCUGGCCGACCCCGACGGCCCGCCCCCGGGCUUCCCGGCAAGGGCGCCGGUGCCCGUCAAGCGGGAGGUGAAGGCGGAGGAGGGCGGGUGCAGCGGGGUGGCUGCGAGCUGGACGGUCCCGAGGAGGCCGAGAGAUGCGGCUGCGCGGAGUACGGGGUUCUGUCCGGCGGCGGUGGUGACGAAGCUGGCCGAGGUGUACGAGCGCGUGGAGCUGGCGAGGAUCGGCGCUGAGAAGGAGAAGAUGGAGAUGGAGGUGCAGCAGGCCAUGUUGGAUGCUGUGAAGGUGAAGCAGCAGUAGUAGUGCUGGACAACGCGCAGCUCAAGUGCUCAACCCAUGUGGUACUAAAAUUUGAGUAGCACUGCCGCUGAAGAUGAACAUGACAGAUGAUGCGUACGGAGCGUGGUUUAAGUGCUGAUUAGUGCUGUGCAGUUAAGUGUGGUGUACUGUAGUCGGCAGCAACAUUGUAAUAUAUUCUUUUCGGUUAA